AUGACAGACCGUGAGAAAAUACUUGAGGUGAAACUGAAUGUAGAGGAAAUGAAGAGAGAAAAUGCAGAGAGACGUGCUGUUGAACUCGAAAUGCGGCUCCGGCAAAGUAACGCAGAUAAUAUCCAAAGAACUAUGGAAUUCAAUGCACACGUUGCACAAUUACAGAAGCAACUUCAUGAUGCCGAGCAGGCGGCAAGUAGAACAUUGGGCGACAAGGAAAGAGAGAUCGCAAAUCUACUCAGACAGCUUGAUCGCACUCGCCAGCAGCAUGAGAUCGCAUCAAUUGAUCAUCAAGUUGAAAUCCUGCGUCUCGAACGAAAUCUACUUGCGGCUACCCGGGGAGCUCACAACGGCACAAGUGACUGUAACAACGGAUAA